CGAAAGGUGUUUAUGAACAACCGAUUUCAUUUCGAUGUGGACAGCGUCACUCUCAGGAUGGGCGUGUGCUGCAUCCAUGGUUAAGAAUGGAAUCCUAUCUGAUGUUGCUGUCGGCCGAGAUUGGCUAUGAGUCUAUGACAGUGCGACUUUGAGAAGUGCUGCGAGAGAUGGGACGAUUGUAUCACAUCGUAUACAACCGAGUACGAUGGGCCUGUCCGAAUCUACUCUUUCCUUCUCGAAACUAUGUGUCUCGUUGGAUUUCAACGACCUUACAUCUGCUUACUGAUAAUCUACAGCAACUCAUUCACAAAUACGCGCCUCCUGGGACCGGUACUGUCUCACCAGGGCUUGAUGCCAUCCGUCCAUCUGCCAGAAGCGCCGAUGGCCUACUAUGCCCCAGGAUAGUAGAUACGCCGCCGGCCAAUCUUUGUGCCGUCCGAGCUUUCUUUGGCUUGCUUGAGCGCCUAUGUCUGAAUCCGCCACUCUGGCGCCGAGCGCUUGGUGGCUGUGAGCCGUGGCAUCGUCCUGGUGAGGCAGCGCGUAUGGAGAAACGCUGUGCAACACGAGACACGGCAGUUUCCCUCCCGCCUUUGACCAUGUCGCGAGCUGAGAGAGAACAGGCCGACCAACGAAAGGCAGAAGAAGAGCGUGACGAGCGCGAGAGGGCCAGCGGGAACAAGCUCUGGAGCGCCUACAUCGCCGAGGCGCAAAACUACGAUCAGGGUCUCCUCGAAGGCUGGCGCAGCGAGAUGGAUGGUAUGCUGAUCUUCGCCGGUCUCUUCUCGGGCGUUAUCACGACUUUCAUUAUCGAUAGUUAUAAGACACUGAACCCCGACUCGGGGAGUCAGACUGUCGUACUCCUCACCCAAACGGUUGCACUUCUCGGCCAGAUCUCGGUCCAGCUCGCGCACAUGAACAACGGCACUGCAAUCGCGGACGCACUGCCUCCCGCCGCUGCCUUCUCACCCCCGGCCUCCUCCCUGGUCUGCAACGCACUCUGGUUCACGAGUCUUGCGCUCAGCUUGUCGAGCGCCCUUGUUGCGACUCUUGUCAAACAGUGGGCACAGCAGUACCAGCACCGGACGUCCAUGUUCUCGUCUCCCUCUGUCCGUGCGCGCGUGUACAUGUAUCUUUACUACGGCUUACGACGCUUCAAUAUGCAUGUCGUGGUCGGCGUUCCUCCGCUUCUCUUGCAUGCAGCACUGCUUCUGUUCUUCGCUGACGGCGAGUGGAGUACCCAGAUCAAGAAACAUCGAACUACUCCCUUUGCUAAGGCGAUCUCCAUCUCUAUCACCCUGUCAUCACCAAACGAUCCUCCUGUUGGGGUUAUUCAAUACCCUGUUAACACUUGGGAAUUCUUUGGACCUCCCUACCUUCCUCUCUCAUCUGUCGCUGACGACGACAUCUUUCGAAUCGGGGAUCUAGAAAAUCCAGACAGUUAUCAAGAGCAGGGUAACUUCACCACUGCCCUCCACGUUCUGUUUGGCGAGAACCUCGUCGUAGACCCCUCCCUCUACUACCAAAUCGAAGACGUCAUCGAAUUUCUUCCCAUCAUGUCUGGGAUCGAAAAGUUGAACAACAACAUCCUGAACAUGUUCGAUGGCACCAAUUGGAACACAUGGUCGGACAACUACAUGAGCAUCUGUAUGCAUCAGGGGACUUGGGGAGUGGACGACCCACCACUUGUGCGGGUUUACAUCACCCAGAAUUUGCGCAAGGGAAUCUUUAUGGACAGUCAACGGGAGCGCACUGCGUGCGAGGUUUUUGCGAAGAUGGCGACGGAUUAUGGCCAACCAAAUGCCAUCGAUGCUUUUGUCGAGUACCGCCUCCUGAACACCACCACCUUCCACGGUGGUGAUACCAUUGAAAAGCAAAUCAUGGAAAUGGAGACUCGUUGUCGCCAGUGUUCAGAAGGAGGAAUCGAGAUCCCCGACUACCUCUUCGCAACUCUAAUGCUCGCCGCCUUGCCCGCUUCCAGCAGAGGUUUCGUCACCUCUUACCUUGCCAAUCGUCCUAUCGCUUCUCUGAACCCAGUCGAUGUCAAGAACAGCGUCAUAGGGAAUAUCAAGAUCGAGAACCUCGACACAAUGUCGAACUCGAAGAUUUCCACCGUUCCGUCCCUUGCCACCCGCUGCACUCAUUGCAACAAGUCCGGUCACGUUGCGGCAUCCUGCUACAAGAAGUAUCCCAACCUCAAGCCGAAUGGUCAAUCUUCUGACAAAGGCAAGGGGAAGCAGGAUGAGGGGAAGAAGAAAAAGAAGAAGGAGAGGAAGAGUGGUGAUGGUACUAGCGCUGUAAAAGAAGUUGUAGCUGCUCCCGCGGUUGCAGCUGCCUCCAAUAGAAUGCACAUUUCGUCCUAUCUCAUGAGUGACUCCCUCAAACACAUCGAUGAUGGAAUUUUUGUUGAAGAAAUGGGAGACGACUCCAAAGUUCGUUUUCUAUGGGACUUGGGUUGUACACAUCAUAUGACAAACACCCAAUCCGAUCUUCACAACAUCAGACCUAUCGACACCUAUGUAAUCGUUGGAGUUUACUCUUGA